AUGGAGGAGGAUACGCUAGAGGGGCCCCUUGGGGGCCCCCCUGAUGAGGGGGGGCCCCCUGAUGAGGGGGGCCCCCUGGGGGGCCCCCCCCUUGACGAGGGUCCCCAUGGGGGGCCCCCCGGGGGCCCCCAUCUUGAUGAGGGGCCCCCUGGGGGCCCCCUGACGCUGCCUGUAUGGGGUGAAGGGGCGCAGGUGCUGCAGAUGGUUCCUGCUGCAGCAGCAGCAGCAGAGGGGGCCCCCUGCUGCCCUUCUGCUGCAGUGUUUGACUUGAGGGGAGGAGGUAGGCUUGCUGCAGCAGUAAAACAGCAGCAGCAGCAACAGCAGCAGCAGCAGCAGCAGCAGCAAGAGCAGCAACAGCAGAUGGAUAAAGGAGAUAGUCAAUAG